AUGGUCCCACCACCUCGAGCGGGAUCAUUUUCGCCCAAUCCUGCGCAGACACUACAGACGGGUGCGAGCCAUUCACCUCACCCAUCGCAGGCUGCCAUUCUCAGUGCUGGCGCAAGCCCCAGCGCCAGCAGUCCAACGGGCACCAACUCCUUAACCAAAAUUGUUGUGGCCCAGGUCUAUCUACUUCUCAGCACUAUCAAGGAGGAUAAGGACCGCGCAAAGUGGGAAUUGCAGGUUGACCAAUUGAAGAAGCUCAUCGAUGAACACGGUAUGGAAGUCUUUUCAAAGUAUUUCACCCGGCUCGUUGCCGGCAAUGCGCCGCAAAUAUUCCCUGGCCUCAACAGGCCCGUGUCAAACCCAGGCAACUACCAUAUCCUUGUAGGCGAGAUGCGAAAGAUUUCACACGAUGUCGACCAAGCAAGUAAAAUCGCCGAGUCCAUUGAAAGUGGCACCGAAGACAUCUUUCGUGACUUUGAUCUCUCGACCUUUAUGGAACAUUUCAAGCUCGAUGCAUUGGAGAAGACAUUGUUAGCUUUGGCUUUUAAGCUUGGUUCAAGGGCAGAUCUAAAGACCAAAGCCGAUGCCAUAUUAUCUACCAACUUUCCCUCUUUCCUCGACAUUAUAUCCCGACCUACUCUUGACGCACACGCCGACCUUUCCCCCCCUUUUAUCGCCAUGAUCGUCGACCGAUUUCUUCAAUAUAACCCUCCUAGCUUCAAUGCCUCUGCCAGACGCGAUCUAGAGACAUCUGUCACGAAGCGAUGGCUCGGUCAGACCCCAGAGCAAACGCCGCCGUCCGAGAUUCUUGCUGCCCUCGAUCUAAGCAGGGUACUUGCCGAUCGACCCUCCAAUGGGCUGGUCAAGUACAUUCAAAAGACAGGCAUCGAGCUUACUAGGGAUGAGGAAACAUGUGUUUCGUACUUACAGAACCGGCCCAGUGGCCUGCAGUUAGGUCCCGAACAGAUCUCGGCCGCUAUGACCUUCACAGCCAUCAGCCAAACCUCCCAACAAGAUCCGAGCAUCUUGGUUGGCGCCUUGAGACGAGUUCUUCCGAAAACAUUCGAUUGGAUGGAGGUGAUUGUCUUGUUUGACCAGCCCUCAGCCCGUGUUUCUUCUCAGCAAUUCUUGCGUCUUUACCAAGCCUUUUUGCCCAUCGCACAGGACUCCAAGUCUGGCUUCGAUAUCCAGAGGUUGUGGGGCGGUGUCUGGAGAAACCCGGAGGCUCAGCUCUCUUUUGUUAGUGCCUAUGCCUCCUUGGUUCCGGAACAGCUGGAUGCGACAACAAUCCCCGGGCUCCAGCGCAGUAUCACUAUCGAUGAUUACGCCAAUUCUCCUCCCAAUGUACAAGAGCGAGCGGCUGUUGCUGUCAAGCAUCCGCUCGUUUCUGUUGCCGCACUUUCCUCCAUCUUCAACGUUGCGCUCAGUUCUGUCAUGGCUUCCACUAGUAUUGAGGCCAAGAGGCUUUUCCAGGAAGUGGUUGUUCCUAAUCUGGACAUUUUCCUGGUCUCUGCCUUCGAAGUCCCCCGGCAACACUGGGCUCCGAUGGCUAUGGAAACUCUUGGCUCUCUGUUUGAGAACUUCCUCUACAAACGUUCGCCCGAAUACGAUUUUGUUCUCGAUAGCCUCUGGAGAAAGGAUAAGGACUGGGUCAUCCAACGCUUGAUUGAUGCUCACGCUAUCAAGCCAGUUGAUCUUCCGCUCGUUUUCGAACACGCCGUGAAGCAUAACUGGCUAGACUCGCUGGUAUACUUGCCCAAUGGUUUCGGUAUUGAUUUAGCUGCCCUGGCACACGCUGAAGGAUAUCUGGAUCUAUCCAAGUGGGCUCGCAACAAUGCUGAACGAAGUGCUGAAAUUGCCCGCACUCUUGUGCAGUUCCUAAUGAUCAAAGCGAAUCUGGAAAGUCAAUAUCAACGAGGGGGUGCCGACGGACAACCUGCUAUUAAGAAUUCCACAACCCUUCAAGUCCGCACCGUAUCAGCGUUACUCCGAAUCCUCGAAGACUUUUUGCCAAACCCUCCGGUUCCCGAACUAAUCGUCGUUCAGCGCCAUUGUAUCAUUGCCUACCCACGGUUGAUCAACUACGGCGAAGGUUACGAUGACCUCAUUGACGCUAACGGCAGGGAUGGAAACGCACUAUCACCAAUUGCCAACGGCAGGAUGGAAGAGCAUUACAAGAAGAUGUAUAGUGAAGAAGUCCAAGUCCGCAAUAUCGUCGAGGUCCUCAGCCAGUACAAGCAUUCCAGGGACCCUCUCGAUCAAGAUGUGUUUGCUUGCAUGAUCCAUGGGCUCUUCGAUGAGUAUAGUCAUUAUGGGGAUUAUCCAUUGGAGGCCCUCGCUACUACCGCGGUUCUCUUUGGCGGAAUUAUCUCCCAUAAGCUUGUGUCUAAUCUACCUCUUCAGAUCGGACUGGGCAUGAUUUUGGAAGCCGUCCGAGAUCACUCUCAGGAGGAUCCCAUGUACAAAUUUGGUCUUCAGGCACUGAUGCAGCUGUUCGUUCGAUUCCGAGAGUGGCCUAGCUUUUGCAGACAACUGUGUCAAAUUCCGGGACUCCAUAACACGGAGGCCUUCAGAAAGGCAGAGGAGGUCGUUCGCGAACACGAAGAGGAGCUUUCGCGUGGACGCAACGGUGCUGGAACACCCCAUGGGCUGGGAUUCCAGGGCGAAACAUUCCCGAAUGGAAACGUUGAAGAGCUUGCGAGUGCCGACCGUCAAGCACCCGCAUUCGCCUCUCUUAAUGUUGACCCACCACCUCCCGAUGUUGAAUUCGAAGAUCCGGAUGAAGGCGCUCAGGACAAGGUACAGUUUGUUCUUAACAACAUUACUGAGGGGACGAUCCGGGAGAUGUGUCAAGAACUCCGAGAGACUAUGGAACGUCGGCACCAGCAAUGGUUCGCCAGCCACCUGGUCGAGGAACGUGCCAAAAUGCAGCCAAAUUACCAUCACGUGUACCUUGAACUAGUCAGGUUGCUCGAGGACAGGGCUCUUUGGAGCGAGGUUUUGCGAGAGACUUAUGUCAGCGUAUGUCGCAUGUUGAACUCCGAAGCAACGAUGCAGAACUCAACCGAGAGGACUCAUCUCAAAAACCUCGGCGGAUGGUUAGGUCUCUUGACACUGGCGCGAGAUCGCCCUAUCAAGCACAAGAACAUCGCGUUCAAGCAGCUUUUGAUCGAGGCACAUGACACUAAACGGCUCAUUGUUGUCAUACCUUUCGUAUGUAAGGUACUGACACAAGGCGCUACGUCAGCAGUUUUCAGGCCUCCGAAUCCCUGGCUCAUGGACAUCAUCCAUUUGCUGAUUGAACUUUAUCACAAUGCUGAAUUGAAGCUCAACCUUAAAUUCGAAAUUGAGGUUUUGUGUAAGGGCUUGAACCUAGAUCACAAGAGCAUUGAGCCUUCUGGCGAGAUUCUGAACCGACCCGUCGUCGUUGAAGAGCCAGCGGACGUCUUGCCUACCGAACAGCUCGAUGCCUUCGAGAAUCUGUCGUUGAAUGGUAUUGGUUCCACUGUCGGUGCUGGGCUCUCGCCUCAAACUCUUGCACCUACCAUCCCAGACCUUGGUCCAUUAAUUAAUAUCCCCCCUACUAAUGAGAUGGUGGUCAGCACCACCCGACUUCACGAGAUUGUUCGUACGGCGCUCAGCCGCGCAUUGCAGGACAUUAUUCAGCCUGUUGUUGACCGGUCAGUUACCAUCGCCGCAAUUUCAACCCAGCAGAUGAUCCACAAGGACUUUGCCAUUGAGCCUGAUGAGAACCGAGUACGAACCUCGGCUAUAAGUAUGGUGAAGGCCACAGCCGGAAGCCUUGCUCUCGUCACAUCCAAGGAGCCUCUUCGUGCCAACUUCACUAAUUACAUGCGAAACCUCUCGAACGACCUUCCUCAGGGACUUCCCGAAGGCACGAUCAUCAUGUGCGUCAACUCCAACUUGGACCUGGCUUGCAACAUUAUCGAGAAGCAGGCUGAAGAGAGAGCUGUCCCCGAAAUUGAGGAAAUGAUUGAAUCCGAACUUGAGGCUCGUCGAAGACACCGCAUUCAGAGGCCCACCGAUCCUUAUUUCGACUCGAGCCUCAGCCGGUGGGCUAUGGCCAUUCCCCACCCCUACAAGCUUUCGCCAAACAUUAAUGGCUUAAACCAUGAGCAAAUGGCUAUAUAUGAAGACUUUGCUCGGCAACCACGCAGUGCCACUCUCCCCACACCUUCCCACGGCCAGUCAGCCUCCGAUGCUACUAGGUCAAUGGCAAACGAGGUUUUGCAGGAGCCAUUCACCACAGUCCCCAACAUCCCAACGCCUGCAGAGACUCCUUCGAUUCAGCAGCACUUGGGCGCUCAGAUGCAACCCUAUGCACCCGUUCAUAGUGGCGGUAACACCAUGUCUAACGGAAGGUCGCCCGGGUUCCAGAUGAAUGUUCAGAGCUUGGCUGAGCGAGUGAACAAAUUGCUUCAAGAACUCGUCAGGGUGGCUAACGAAUCACCCGAGGAGCACUUCCAGGGCUUGCCACGACCUCAUUCUCUUCUGGAUGUCGUCGAUGCGCUAGUACAACAUAUCAUCAAGACAUCACAGAACUCGGAGGAAUUUGCAAUCUACGCUGCGGAACAAAUCACUGGUCUUAUCUUCUCGCAGGUGGAUGACAAUUUGACUCUUGAGAGCUUAGUCCACGUGUUGGAAACAUUGAGGAAGAUCUCUGGUCCUGCUCUUAACAGCCGUAUCCGAACUCUCUUCAGCCAGCAGGCUGGUUCCACCUUCUUGAACCUACCCUUACUUGCAGCGUUGGUCCGAACGGAUCUUUUGGAGUGGAGGAGUAUCGAUCUAGCUAUGACCAAGGCACUUCAGGCUCGCAAGGAAGGCUCCCUCGACUUCUUGGAGCACAUGCUCGAUCUCACUCUUCUCGACGCUCGCCCGAUCGCUCUGUACGCCGACUUUGCCUCCACCUUGGAGGCAGCUUGGGUUUGGGUUUUGGAGGACCCCGACUCCUCUGCUGGUCAACGAAUCAAGUCGAAGCUGAUCAACUCAGGCCUCACACGCCCGACACCGGUCGAUAACCAAGCUCUCUUCAAGCACGACCAGAUAGAGUAUGUGUUUGACGAAUGGAUUCGACUCUGCCAUAACCACAAUGCAUCCGACAAGAUUAUCGCGGCCUUUGUGCAGCAACUGCAGAACAACCAGGUUCUGCAAACUCGUGAUGACUUUUUCGUCUUCAUCCGUGUCGCGCUUGAUAUUUCUGCCGACCGGUUUGAAUACAUCGUCCGCACUGGAUCUCUUGGGGAUGCCUACGUGAUGGUGGACGCACUUUCUAAGCUCAUCGGAACUUUUAUUGGUAUGGGUUUCGAGCCAACAUCCACUCGCCCGGCUUUCAUCGACUCGGUUCUGUCGCUCAUUGAGCUUAUCCUUACCAACCACCAUGUCAAGCGCGGAGAGGAGUUGAACCAAAGAGUUUUCUUCCGCCUCCUGUCUAUGCUUUUCCAUGAGAUUCAGACCAUCUCUGAGGCCUUGUCGGAAGACGAACGCCGUGAGGUUCUGGUCAAGAUGGCAGGUCGACUCAACAAGAUCGGGCCUGCUUUUGCUCCUGGCUUUAUCUACGGCUGGCUCUCUCUCGUCCAGCAUCGCGCUUUUAUGCCUAUCAUUUUACAGCUGCCCGAUGGUGCUGGCUGGACACCCUUCGCCAUACUUGUUUGCCAGUUACUUGAUACUCUGGGUGAUCAACUCAAGGUAUUCGAGGUUUCAAACAUUGCAAAGGACAUUUACCGGGCUACGUUCAAGCUUCUCAUCAUUCUGCACCAUGACUUCCCUGAGUUUGUGGCGGCCAAUCACAUCAGGCUAUGCGCAAGCAUCCCGCCUCAUUGCACACAGCUCAUCAACGCUGUCUUGGCUGCUACCCCUCAUCAGAUCCCUAGGAUCAACGAUUCCAAUGCCAAAGACCAGGCCGACGAGACACAUGUUCACCCUGGCCUCCUCCACGAAGCCGCUUCCGUGCUCCAGGAUCGGGGACUCCUGAACGCCAUCGACCAAGCGCUUCAGAGUGGCCCGACAGAAGACAUUGUUGCUAAUAUCACACAUGCCAUGGCACAGGACACUCGCAAAACGACAACUUACGGCCAUGUCCCUGUCGAUGCCAACAUGGCGGUCAUCGAUGCUGUUAACAUCUACACUGGACAACAUGCCGCGGAAAAGGCAGCACAAGCAGGCACUGCAGUGUCUGUGACCGGCGACGAACACGAAGUGACCCUCCUUUCUAUGAUCCUCCAUGAGCUCUCUGCUGAGGCUAGAUAUUAUCUCCUUGUCAGUGUGGUCAACCAACUUCGAUUCCCCAAUGCGCACACCACUUUUUUCCGACAGGCGCUUCUGCACUUUUUUGGCAAGGACCUUGAUGAUCCUGAAGAGAACGAGAUUCGCCAGGAGAUCACCCGAGUACUGCUUGAGAGGCUGGUUAGUUUCUGGCCUCAGCCAUGGGGACUCCUCUACACUGUCGUAGAACUUAUGAAGAACGAAAAGUACAUGUUCUUCGAUCUCCCCUUUAUUAAGGCAACUCCUGACGUUGCCGAGAAAUUCUCACGAGUACUUACACAAGCAUAA